GUAUAUAGCUCUUCUUAAAUGGAUUAAAAUAAUUUCUGAAAAAUAGAAAAUGUAUAAUUUACAAGUCCUUGCUUCUAGGAGAUCUUACACAGUGGACUGUACACAGGACUAUGAUAUUCAAACUAGAAUACAGACUCAUCAAUCAUUUAUUAACAGACUAGGAUAUUCUUCACAGUUACAAGGACACAAUGGCUGUGUUAAUUGUCUACAGUGGAAUAACGAUGGAAGUUUAUUAGCUUCUGGUUCUGAUGAUUAUAAUGUCCAUAUUUGGAAUGUGCCCAGAGGAUCUAGUGUGGCCUGUAUGCCUACUGGACACAUUGGGAACAUAUUCUCAGUAAAGUUUGUACCAUUCUCAGGAGAUCAGAUGAUACUAACUGGAGCUGAGGACAGAGAGAUACGUCUACAUGAUCUGACAAACUUUGACACAGUUCAAGUGUGGUCAUGUUGUAAUGGCAGAGUUAAGAGAUUAGCUGUUUCAGAUCAAUCACCAUAUUUAACCUGGAGUGCCUCAGAAGAUGGCUGCAUCAGACAAUAUGAUACAAGAGAGAGACAUUCCUGUUCCACUGACGGACGCUGUCGUAAUGUCCUCAUUGAUUUACACAGCACUUGUGGCUCAUCCUCAUCUCAAGGAUACACUCAAUGCAAGUGUUUGGAUGUUAAUUCAGUCAAAGAUGAACAGCUGGUGGUCGGUGGGUUUGAUCCAUACGUAAGACUCUACGACCGUCGUAUACUCUCCAUCUCCUACCCAUCGACCAAUGUCUCUCCCUCUGCCGACCACAGCUGCAUUGCUCACUUUAGUCCUGGUCAUAUUACGAGAGACAGAACUAAGCAAUCCUCUGCUAAUUAUGUAGCUGCUACUUAUGUGUGUUUCAGUCCCUGUGGUCAAGAAGUACUUGCUAAUUUAUCAGGAGAGCAAGUGUACCUGUACAAUACAGUUAGUCUUGAUCAUUGUAUUAAAUAUGUGCCUGGAGAUGAUGGUAUACUCUCUCUAAAGAAGCCACUGCCUUCGAUCCCUGUCUCCUCGUGUACCCACACUUGUGAUCCAUCUCUCCUUGAUGAGGGAGAGGUACCCUACGCUGCAAGAGAGCUCCGGAAUAAAGGGAAUGAGUACUACCAGAGGAAGCAGUACACAGAGUCCAUCAUUGAGUAUAGUAAUGCUAUACUGGAGUGCCCUCACUGGCACAUACUGUACUCUAAUAGGGCCACUGCUCUUGUCAGUAGAAACUGGCCUGGUGAUGUAUAUGACGCAUUAAAAGAUACUGAAAGAGCUCUCUCUUUAUGUCCUACUCACAUCAAGUCACUCAAAAGGAGAAUAAAGUGUCUCAAGUUAUUGCACUGGAUAAAAGAUGCAAGAGGGUUUCUUAAUGUUUAUGAAUCAAUUCAACCUCAAGACAAAGAAUUCAUUAAAACAAUGGGUGCUGCACUUUCCAUUGAAGAAGGUCGUAACGGUUACAAUAAUCCUACGGUACCUGAGGGUGUGUCUGACUGGGAGGCAAACCGUCAAUCCACAGCUAAUGACUACAGACAGCGUUACACUGGACACUGCAACAAUCACACGGACAUCAAGGAGGCAACAUUCCUCGGGGAGAGAGGAGAGUACGUUGGAGCUGGUAGUGAUGACGGUAAUGUAUUCAUUUGGAAUAAGAAGACUGGUAAUCUAAUUCGUGUGUUACAUGGAGAUGAAUCCAUUGUUAAUUGUGUUCAAUGGAAUCCUACCAGUUGUACAAUGGCUACCAGUGGAAUAGAGAGCAUCAUCAAGAUAUGGGAACCUAGACCAACUGACGAAGACAGUGAUUUGGUAGAAAAGGACAUGGUACACGUUUGUCAGAGAAACCAGUUAAGAAGAAGAGUGGAUCCAUUUGAAAUGAUGCUGUGGGGUUUACGAAUGAUUGAAGAUCCUUCAGUAGAUCAUGUACCACAACAACAGUGUCAACAGAGCUAGUCAUUUCUGAUUAAUAUUAUUAUUAUUAUAUAAUUGUGUGUUAUUUGACAUGUUCUAUCUGUGAUAAAAUUAUUGUUAUAAUCUGGAAUUGCUACUUGAUCUGUCAUAAAAA